AGAGUAUGUAUGAUAUGAUCCAUGUGCAAGGGUUGUGGACGACUUGAGAUUUAUGCCACCCACAUGCAAGGGUUGUGGACGGUAUGAGAUGUUUGCCAUCCACAUGCAAGGGUUGUGAACAACAGCCAACUAGAAAAUGAGAAAUCAUCUUUAAACAUUGAUUGUGAAGGCGUUACGUGAAAAUGUAACAAUUGUGAGAUGGCGAAAGCAGUGUUUUAAAUCAGAUCUGGGCCAGGAUAAAGUGUUCCAUGAAAUAUGAAGACUUCCUGGUUGUAAUGAAGCUUGUUGAGGAGAGGCAAUGAUAGAUGGUGUGUGCUGCCAACUGGAUGUUUAUAUUGAAUGGUAUUCAGGCAAAGUGUGGGUAUUCGAGUGUUUGAUAAAGACGUGUUUUGGUUUCGCUGACAGCGGCCAUAGCUCGGAGUGAUAAACUGUGCUGGUCAGCUGAACAUUCCUCAAUGGCGAGGAACACAGUCCCCUUGAAUGCAUAUGACAGAGAGUAAUACUGUCACAUGCAUGUACUCCUAUUGACCGCAGGUAAACAGAACCAUUGAUAUCCAUAUUCCGCGCAACCAGCAGCAAAAACCAACAUUGUGCGUGGUCAGAAUUGCCUGGUCACCUGUGGUGUGCCAUAGUUUCCAGAUAUCAACAGGCUUGUCGCUAGGAGAAACACGUUCUUGCCAGACACCAACAGGCUUGUCGCUAGGAGAAACACGUUCUUGCCAGACACCAACAGGCUAUCGCUAGGAGAAACACGUUCUUGUCAGACACCAACAGGCUAUCGCUAGGAGGAACACGUUCUUGCCAGACACCAACAGCCUGUCGCUAGGAGGAACAUGUUCUUGCCAGAAACCAACACGCUGUCUUUAGGAGGAACACGUUCUUGCCAGAUACAAACAGCCUGUCGCUAGGAGGAACAUGUUCUUGUCAGAUACAAACAGCCUGUCGCUAGGAGGAACAUGUUCUUGCCAGAAACCAACACGCUGUCUUUAGGAGGAACACGUUCUUGCCAGAUACAAACAGCCUGUCGCUAGGAGGAACAUGUUCUUGUCAGAUACAAACAGCCUGUCGCUAGGAGGAACAUGUUCUUGUCAGAUACAAACAGGCUGUCGUUAGAAGGAACACGUUCUUGCCAGAUACAAACAGCCUGUCGCUAGGAGGAACAUGUUCUUGUCAGAUACAAACAGCCUGUCGCUAGGAGGAACAUGUUCUUGUCAGAUACAAACAGGCUGUCGUUAGAAAGAACACGUUCUUGCCAGAUACAAACAGGCUGUCGGUGGGAGGAACACGUUCUUGCCAGAUACAAACAGGCUGUCGCUAGGAGAAACACGUUCUUUCAGCGUAUCCGGAGGAAACCGGAAGUGAAGGACAGUGACGGUAACACCACGGAAUAUGUUUUGAAAUGGAGUUUUCUAUUAUCUGUCUCAAAGGAACAACUUUCGAACCGUGUUUUACAAAGAGUAUUUCGACAUGAACUACAUGUGCAUGUUCAGGUGAACAUAUCGACUUGGACACGUCGCCAUCAAGGACAUCAUGAGACGUUGCCAGGAUCGGAACACCUUUGUCGGACCGCUCUCUGAGCGAUACAUCGUCAUCCCCGAGGACCUGUUCCAGGACCUGACCAGAACACCGACGACCAUCGACCUGACCCUGCAGCGGUACCGCCAUGGUACCCACAGGACCGCCGGAACCUACCCCCGGCCUCGGCCCCUCCCCCCACUAGACAGGACCAGACACCGCCCCAGGGCUAAAGCUUAUGGAGUGGUCGGGGUGCACACGUCUGGAGAGUUCAGCGCGAUGGAUCUCGGCACUGAUCAUAAUGAGGAUUCAGAGGACGUCAUCAGUCAAGUGGCUCGUGCAAACUUCUUGAGGGAUGACCCUUCCAACAUUUUGCCUCAAAUCCGAGCGUCGCCAUGUUUGAUGCAUUCCAAACAAGGCAGACGACAAGAUCUGAUUUACUCCACAAACAAUCAAGGCGGCAAGGUUCCUAGUCACCUUGGUCAAAGCUCAAGGUCAUUCAUAGACAAAUCAGUGAGACAAAGUGUUCAUAAAUUUAAUUUUGAAACAAAACAACAUGAAAGUCUGACCACGAAGCACCCCCCAGUUGUGGCGCACAAGCGCCCCAGACUGCCUGGACAGUACCCGUCCCAAGACUUGGUCAUGUCCUGGCUCCUCCACGGCUCCGCACCAGUUGAACAGAACCACUUCCCGGAUAUUGUAAAAGACGGACAGAAAACCAAAACGUCCAAAAAACAACGACAUAUGAAUUCUUUGCUCAGUGAAUAAUGAACUAAGAAACGUUGGCAUUACAUUUGUCAUUCCCUAUUACACAUCCCUCCAUUGAUGCUAUCAUGAACUCCCCUGACGAAACAGGCAAGACCUGUGUGGAGCGGGCGAUGCUCUAGGUACGAGUGUUCACUGUGUCUGUAUAUGUGCAGUGUGCAUUCGUCAGACUCGUUCAGUGUGACUGUGAUUAUGACGAUUGUUAGUGCAAACGAAAACGUUGAUCACACCGUGUGUGAGCUGACCUACAUGUUGAACCCGGAAGUGAAAUGACCGGGGUGUCGAACCCGGAAGUGAGUUGACCGGGGUGUCGAUCCCGGAAGUGAGGUGAACGGGGUAUCGAACCCGGAAGUGAGAUGGCUAAGGUGUCGAACCCGAAAGUGAGAUGGCUUGGGUGUCGAACACGGAAGUGAGAUGUGGGGGUUGUCGAACCCGGAAGUGAGAUGACGGGGUGUCGAACCCGGAAAUGAGAAGACCGGGGUGUCGAACCCUUUAAGUAUGAUGCUCAGUGUGUCGAAUCCGGAAGUGAGAUGAAGGGGGUUUCGAAUACCGACGUGAAGCGAAUGUCUUGUUGCAUAUUAAUGACCAUGACCUGGAUAUAAACAUGUCUCGAGAUGUCCAACAGGAGCGGGUAAUAAUGUGUGAUGAAGGAAACAUGUCAGCGCCUGAAACUAAAGCUACAGAAACUAUCAACACGCGGCACUAGAACAUGCUAUAGUCUCUGUGCUAAGACAUUUGCUUGAGACAUUUCCCUUAAGUACCAACUUGAAGGUGUAAUGAUGUACAUAUUUAUUAAAAACAUGAACAUACUGAAUUAUAUUUCGGCAUUGUGUGCUGGGCACACCCGUCCCAUCCGAGUCAGUGAGUUUGAGUUUUAGGUCACUUUGAACAGUAUUCCAGUUAUAUCACGGCGUGUCAGCACAGGGGGACUAUCGAAAAUGAUGCAGGUCUUAGACGUUUACCAAGAAAUUCAUUAAAACUGGUAGGUUGCUGCUAAACCAAGAAAUAUAAUCAAGGCGAACCUGGAUUCGAACCCAUGAAUAUUGGGUUUCAGGCUCGCCCAAAGGACACAAUACUACAUAGCGAAUUGAGGUGCCUUAUACAACUGGACCGAC